AUGUACAACAGCCUAUGGUAUGUCGGAAGUAUCGUCGCCGCCUGGACCGUCUACGGAACGAUCAAGUACACGGGCCAAGUCUCGUGGCGUGUUCCCGUUGCUCUACAAUGCCUUAUGCCGGUGCUCCAACUGAUAGGCAUAUUCACGUUGCCUGAGAGUCCGCGUUGGCUGUGCUCCAAGGACCGAUCUAAUGAGGCCUUUGAGAUCUUGGUUAAGUAUCACGCAAGUGGAAAUCGCGAUGACCCUUUCGUCCGAGCUGAGUUCGCCGAGAUCCAGGAGACCAUCAGGCUUGAGAAGCUGGCGGCGGAGACGGGUUGGAUGGUGUUUUUCCAGACACCAGGAAACCGCAAGAGGCUGUUGCUCAUUGUGCUCACCUCAUUUUUCUCUCAGUGUUCAGGAAAUGGCCUGGUCUCGUACUACCUUCAUGACAUUCUGAGUUCCGUUGGUAUCGACGAGCCCAAUUCCCAGUCUCUGUUCAAUGGUGGUCUCCAAAUUUGGUCGUUCCUCGUUGCAAUCUGUUUUUCGGUCUACUUCAUCGAGAAACUCGGCCGGAGAAUUCUCUUCCUUAUCGCUGCUGUCGGGAUGCUCGUUGUUUUCAGUGUCUGGACUGGAUGCUCUGCAGUGUAUGCCCAAACAGGCAAUAAAGACGCCGGGUCCGCGGUUCUGGCGAUGAUUUUCCUCUUCUACGGAGUCGCUGGGUUCGCAUGGCCUGGCUUGACGGUCGCCUACUGCUCCGAAAUUCUCCCCUUCAGCAUACGAGCCAAGGGGCUGGCGAUCUGCUUGGGAGUGACAGCGCUCUCUGGUGUCUUGAACCAAUACGUCAACCCCAUCGGGCUCUCGUCGCUGGCUUGGAAGUUCUACUUUGUCUACAUCGUCAUCUUGGUCAUUGAGGUGGUUUGCAUCUGGUUCCUCUUUGUGGAGACCAAGGGACCUACUCUCGAGGAAAUCGCCGUCCUGUUUGACGGCAAGGAUGCCAAAGUUUCCAAGGAGGCGGGAAUGGACGGCGAUGCUACAUUUGAGGAAGUGGAGGUCCGUAAGGCUGCGGAAAAGGUCUAG